AUGGAGAAAGGGAAGGAGAAAAUAUCUUCCUCUACACCUCCUACCAUAGAGGAAGCAACAAAUCCUCUGUCUCAUGCUAUACCAAUUUCUUUUUAUCCGGAAUUUCCCAACUAUAUGCAUGGUUUCCAUCCACCAAUGCCACAUGCGUGGUUACCUAUGCCAUUUGUGGAGCGUCCUGAUGCCAACCCAUCUACUAAUACUAAUCAGGGAAAUGAAGUGCCCCCAUUUCUCUCAUCAAUUGCCUCUUCGAUUGGUUUACACUCCACAAGUUCAAGCCAUGUGGAUGAACUCCAAAAUAUAUCGCCCGACUCUACUGGAAAAAGUAUGUCUACGCCCUAUAUUGAUGAUACUGUUGAACCCAGAGAUGUUGGACAGUCCGGGCUACAAAAUACUUUCCAUACUGAGGGGGCCAAUAUUGUUAAGGAGCCGAAGUUGGGAAUGAUGUUUAAAUCUGAAGAGGAGUUACUUUCUUAUUAUAAAAGAUAUGGGCAACAAUGUGGUUUUGGGAUUAUGACACAAAGGAGUCAUAAGUUUGAGGAUGGGAGCAUUAGAUAUGUCACAUUAGGGUGUGCUCGUGGUGGGAAGGCACGGAACCGUAUGACAAAUGUUGCGAGGCCACGUCCGACAUCGAAGACAGACUGUAAGGCAAGGAUAAAUGUCAUAUACGAAAAAGGGGUGUUGACGGUGUCGAGUGUUAACAAUUCUCAUAAUCACGGCCUAAGUCCACAAAAGUCGAGAUUCUUCCGCUGCAAUAGAGAAGUGAGCGAGUCUGUUAAGAGAGUCUUAGAUAUUAAUGAUCAGGCUGGGAUCAGAAUGAACAAGAGUUUUGCCUCCCUUGUGCAAGAAGCGGGUGGAUUUGAAAACUUGCCAUUUAAUGAAAAAGACUGUCGAAAUUAUAUUGACAAGGCACGCCACCUUCGACUUGGGAAAUGUGGUGCUGGAGCCCUCCGUGAGUACUUUGCUCGGAUGCAAUACAAGAAUGAUGGGUUCUUUUCACUAAUGGAUAUGGAUGAUGACGGACGGUUGAGGAAUGUAUUCUGGGCGGAUGCACGAAGUAGGGCAGCCUACAAAUAUUUUGGGGAUGUCAUCACAUUCGACAUGACAUAUUUGACAAAUAGAUAUGGGAUGCCGUUUGCACCGUUUGUUGGUGUAAACCACCAUGGCCAGUCAAUUCUGUUGGGGGCAGGAUUAGUAUCUAGUGAGGAUACGGAAACAUUUUCAUGGUUAUUUCAGACUUGGUUGACCUGUAUGGAUGGUGAAGCUCCCAAGGCUAUUAUCACAGAUCAAGAUAGAGCCAUGAAAAAUGCAAUAAGUCUCGUAUUUCCAAACAGCCGACACAGAUAUUGCUUAUGGCAUAUAUUGAAAAAAUUGCCAGAGAAGCUAGGUUCACAUGGUGCAUACAAAACUGGGUUAAAAAGUCAGUUACUAAAUUGUGUGUAUGACGCUCACACAAAGGAAGAGUUUGAGGGCUCUUGGGAACUGUUAAUUACGAAGUACAACUUGGAGGAGAAUGCUUGGUUGAAGAGUUUAUACGCUGAGCGUAUGUAUUGGGCACCUGUGUACAUGAAAGAAGUUUUUUGGGCAGGAAUGAGUACAACCCAACGAAGUGAGAGCAUGAAUGCUUUUUUUGACGGGUAUGUUCAUGCUAAGACAAACUUAAAAGAGUUCGUCGAUCAGUUCGAUAAUGCAGUGAGGAAGAAGAUUGAGAAUGAAAGUGAGGCGGACUUCCACUCAUUCAACGUCACAAUUCCCGUCGUCUCUCCCUCUCCACUUGAGAAGACUUUUCAAGACAUAUACACUUGCAAUAAAUUUAGAGAAGUGCAAAAAGAAGUAAUAGGGAUGCUUGCAACUCUUCCAACUCUACACCGGAAAGAUGGUGUAAUUGCAACGUACCAUGUAGAAGAUGAAGUUAAUGUUGAUGAUUUCAUCAAGGAGGUGACCCAUAUAGUGUACUUUAAUGAGGCCGAAUGUGAAGUGAAGUGUUCAUGUGCCUUGUUUGAGAUGAGAGGGAUAUUGUGUAGGCAUGUAUUAGGCAUUAUGAGAGUUAACAAAGUCUGUUCGGUUCCAGAAAAGUACAUACUAGAUCGAUGGAGGAAAGACAUAAAAAGAACAUACACUCUUAUACGAAGUAGUUAUGACAUGGUUGAUCAGAGGCCUGAAGUUAGCAGAUAUUCACGCAUCAUCAAGAAAUGCUACGAAGUAGCCACGAAUGCAUCUUCAUGUGAUGAGCACACUGAGGAUAUGCUAGCUAAGUUAGAUGCAAUGAACUUAGGCUACCACACCAACAACCCACCCUCGAAGGUUAUAAUUUAUAAUGCCGAUGCAACGAUAGAUGCGAGCUCUAAGAAAGUAUUGAGUCCUCAUGUAGUGAGAGGAAAAGGCAGACCGCCAUCUCUUAGAAAAAAGUCAAUGAUUGAGAGAGGGAAACCCAUGACGAAGAAGUCUAGCCAAAAAGGAAAACGUAAACAGCCGCAUGGAAUAGAAGGCGAAGUUGUUGGAACGUGCAGGAAUUUAUUUGGCCAAGCAGAUGUUGGGACACAACAAAAUGUUCCAGUUCAGCCCUCACAAAACUUAAGGGAGAUGUUGGACUUUAGUGCCACCGAGUUAGGCUUUGCAGUGAAUGAGACUCAAGAAAGUAUGCAUAUGGGGUUGGAUGGAACCCAGCCGGAAUGGUUGCGUGAGUCACAACCGUCGCAAUAA